UAGCAUUAGGGAACAGUUCGCCACCGCCUCGAGAAUUGUUAAAAACAAUUCAAUUUUAUGUAUCUUGCAUGUUGUCACGAAAAAUAAGCUGUAAGAUAAAACGAUAGAAAGAGCGAACAAGCCGAGGCGAGGGAGGGGUGAAGGUGAGAAUCGUCAUCUCUGCUCUGGCAGCCUCAGGUGGUACCCGGAUGUUGACAACAAUGGCGGCGGCAGUGGGUCUUGCUUCUUGUCCAAAUGAUACUAAUAAUGAAAACACUGUCGCAGGAGUCACAGGCCCCAUGGCAUCUUUACACGAAGAGGGUAAGCUGGAAGCGGAGGGGGUCCCCGGCCUGAAUUUGAGGGACUUGGAUCUUACCUCAGAUGAGUUUAUUUUGGACGAGGUUGACAUUCACAUCCAAGCAAAUCUGGAAGAUGAACUGGUCAAGGAAGCUUUGAAGACAGGUGUUGACCUGAGGCAGUACUCGAAGCAGGUUGAAACAGAACUGCAGCACAUUGAGCAGGCUUCCAUCAAAGACUACAUCAAGGAGAGCCAAAAUAUUGCAUCCCUACAUAACCAGAUAACUGCCUGCGACUCUAUACUGGAGCGCAUGGAGCAGAUGCUGAGCUCCUUCCAGACGGACCUCUCAUCGAUCUCCUGUGAGAUCCAGACCCUGCAGGAGCAGUCUGUCGCCAUGAACAUCAAGCUGAAGAACCGGCAGUCCGUGCGCAGCGAGCUCAGCCAGCUGGUGGAUGAGCUGGUGGUGCCCAGCACUAUGAUCGGUGUAAUUAUGGACACACCGGUGGUGGAGCAGGAUUUUGUGGAGCAGCUGCAUGAGCUCAACAACAAGAUCAACUAUGUGAAGGAGCAGUCCUUUAGAGAGACACUCGCCUGUCAGGACGUGCAGGACAUCCUGGACAGGCUCAAGAUCAAGGCGGUGUCCAAGAUCCGCGAGUUCAUCCUGCAGAAGAUCUACUCCUUUAGGAAACCCAUGACUAACUACCAGAUACCUCAGAACGCACUGCUCAAAUACAGGUUUUUCUACCAGUUCCUGUUAGCUAAUGAACGCCACGUAGCGAAAGAGGUCCGGGACGAGUAUGUGGACAGCAUGAGUAAGAUCUACUUCUCCUACUUCAAAUCAUACACUGGCAGACUGAUGAAGGUGCAGUACGAGGAGGUGGCUGAUAAAGAUGACCUGAUGGGAGUGGAGGACACCGCCAAGAAAGGCUUCUUCUCGAAACCGUCUCUGAAGAACAGGAACACAAUCUUCACCCUCGGGAACAGGGGAGCUGUCAUUGGCUCUGUAGAGCUUGAGGCACCCAUACUGGUACCACACGCAGCGCAGAAGAGUGAUGCCAGGUACCCGUUCGAGACCCUGUUUCGCAGUCAGCACUAUGCCCUGCUGGAUAACAGCUGCCGGGAGUUCCUGUUCCUCUGCGAUUUCUUCAUGGUGACGGGAAACUCAGCACAGGACCUAUUCAACAUCAUCAUGGGCAAAACACUCACCAUGUUCCUGAAGCACAUCUCUACCUACGUGUCAGAUUGCUAUGACAGCAUCGCUGUGUUCUUGUGCAUUCACAUUAUACUGAGGUUCAAAGCAAUCACUGCUAAGAGAAAUAUACCUGCAAUAGACAAGUACUGGGAGACUGUACUAGAAAUCCUGUGGCCACGAUUCGAACUGAUUCUGGAGCUGAACAUCCAGAGCAUACAAAACACUGACCCACAGAGACUGGGAACACUGGACACACGACCACACUACAUCACCAGGAGGUAUGCAGAGUUUUCAUCGGCUAUCGUGAGCAUCAACCAGACCUUCCCGAGCGAGAAAACACACACCCUGCUGGGGCAACUACAGGUAGAGGUGGAGAACUUUGUUCUGCGGAUGGCUGCAGAGUUUCCCUCCCGCAAAGAACAGCUUGUUUUCCUGAUCAACAACUAUGACAUGAUGCUGAGUGUGCUCAUGGAACGUGCUGCUGAUGGCAGUAAAGAGGUAGAAGGAUUCCAGCAGCUCCUAUUGGCCAGGACUCAGGAGUUCAUCGAGGAGAUCUUGAGCGCUCCGUUCGGAGGGAUGAUCGGGUUUGUGAAGGAGAGCGAGGCGCUGAUCGAGAAGGGACAGCUGGAGCGCCUCCGGAAUGACGAGGCUCGAGUGAAUCAGUUAGUCCGUGGCUUUGCUGGCUCCUGGAAGCAGUCUGUAGAGAACCUGAGUCAGGAUGUGAUGAGAUCCUUCACCAACUUCAAGAACGGGACGGGAAUCAUACAGGGGGCUCUCACCCAGUUGAUCCAGUACUACCAUCGCUUCCACAAAGUCCUGUCCCAGCCUGCCUUCAAGAGCCUGUCAGUGCGCUCUGAGCUCAUCAACAUUCACCAUCUUAUGGUCGAGGUGAAGAAGCACAAGCCCAACUUCUGAGAACUGGACAAGACCCACUGUACAGACGAGAGACUACAGCUUCCAUCACCCCACUGUUACCACACAUUUCUCAGACCAGACCCACUGUACAGAUGAAACUACAACUCCCAUCACCCCACUGUUACCACACAGUCCUGACCAGGCCCACUACAUAGACAAGAGACUACAGCUCCCAUCACCCCACUGUUAGCACACAGUCCUCAUAGUGCUGUAAUGCAUCUGCUUUAUUAAAACCUACCUUGUGUGUUGGAA